AUGAUUCGUGUGGUGGCAUUCUCUGCUCUCUGCUGCGCAACUGUCCUUGCCACAAGCUAUGUGCAUUCGUGGUCCAAGAUGAGGACCUAUUCCAAGCCUACUGUGAUUAACACUUGGCCUUGGCAAGGACCCAACAAUGCUGCUUGGAGGAUCAUCAGUACCUCCGGUUCGGCACUAUCAGCAGUAGUUGCCGGUUGCACUGCCGCUGAGGAGGACAAAAACAUUACAUCUGUGGGCGCGGGCGGCUCUCCAGAUGAGGAUGGCAAUACUACGCUUUCUGCAAUGGUGAUGGAUGGUGACUCCAUGAAUGAUUUUAUUUUUGACUUGGCCAUGGAUGCGCAAAUCUUGAUUGAGUUGCUUUACUUUCAGGCUGGUGCUGUAGCCGAAAUGGCCUACAUAAGACAGGCUGCACAAGUUGCUUUGGGAGUGCUCAACUCCACUCGUCACACCCUCUUGGUCGGGGAGGCAGCCACGCGGUUCGCUGAGUCCCUCGGCUAUCAACGAACUGAUAUCUCCUCCGACGAAUCUACUCAAGUCUGGAAGGAGUGGAAAGCGAAGAACUGUCAACCAAAUUUUCGAGCGCCUUGUGCCUGGAUUCCGAAUCCACGAAAUAGCUGUGGACCCUACAAAUUCAAGAACAAAAGUCGGAGCAGUCUCCUUAGCUCAAGACCAGAAGUGAGCAUCGACGAAACGAACCAUGACACAAUCGGCAUCAUAGCACUUGACAAACAUGGCAGAAUGGCAGUUGGCAUGUCUACAAAUGGAGUUCGCUUCCGCGUCCCUGGUCGUGUUGGAGAUAGUCCCAUUCCUGGAGCCGGUGGAUAUGCCGACAGUAAAGUUGGAGCAGCUGCAGCAACCGGUGAUGGAGAUGUUAUGAUGCGAUUUCUACUCUCGUUUAAAGCUGUGGAACUUAUGAGAGCAAAGAAACAUCCCAACGAUGCGUGUCACAUUAGCCUGCGAUCCGUUCGCCAGAGGGGAACUUGGUACGGAGCCUUAAUUGCUCUGCGAGCCGAUGGCCAGUACGGCGCCGCAUGUGUCGGGUUUAAGGACUUCGCCUUCGUCAUCCAAAAUGCCAAUACACCGCGUGGUGGGAGAGUGAUCAAAGUUAAGUGCUUAUCUCCGCGCGACCUCUACGACUGA